UAGUUGACAAAGGAGCUGCAAUCAAAGCAAGCCUCGUGUGUUACCAGGAUGUCUGUGAAGUGCCUUUCUCUGAUGCUGCUGCUACAGCUGAGCUGCUACUUCAGCUCUGGGAGUUGUGGAAAGGUGCUGGUGUGGCCGAUGGAAUUCAGUCAUUGGAUGAAUUUGAAGAACAUCCUUGAUGAACUUAUUCAACGAGGUCAUGAAGUAACUGUUCUGAGAUCUUCAGCUUCUGUUGUAAUCAAUGCCAAGAAUGAAUCUGGAAUUAAAUUUGAAACUUUCCCUACAUCUUACACUAAAGAUGAAUUAGAGAAUUUUUUCAUGCAUUGGAUUCAUAAUAUUAUUUAUAAUAUUCCACUGGAUAUAUAUUGGAAACAUUUGCCAGCAGUGAGCGAUUUUACUCUAAGAUAUUCUGAUAUCUGUGAAACUCUCUGCAGGGAAGUAGUCUUGAACAAAAAACUCAUGACAAAGCUCCGAGAAGCAAAGUUUGAUGUUGUUAUUGCAGAUCCCGUAAGCCCCGGCAGUGAUCUGCUUGCUGAGUUACUCAAAAUCCCCCGUGUGCACAGUGUCCGUGCCUUUGCUGGCUACAUACUGCAAAAGCAUGCUGGGGGGCUUCUAUUACCUCCAUCCUACGUGCCUGUUAUGAUGUCCCGUUUAAGUGGACGAAUGACAUUCACAGACAGAGUAAUAAACAUGCUAUGCGUGCUUUACUUUGACUUCUGGUUUCCAAAGUUUAAUGAGAAGAGGUGGGAUCGUUUUUACAGUGAAGUCUUAGGAAGACCGGCUACAUUCUUGGAGUUAGUAGGGAAAGCUGACAUGUGGCUCAUUCGAAGCUAUUGGGAUUUGGAGUUUCCUCGCCCACUAUUACCAAACUUCCAGUUUAUCGGAGGGCUCCACUGCAAGCCUGCCAAACCUCUGCCCAAGGACAUGGAAGACUUUGUGCAGAGCUCUGGAGAAGAGGGAGUUGUGCUGUUUUCUCUGGGCUCAAUGGUCAGCAACCUGACAGAAGAGAGGGCCAAUGUGAUCGCAUCAGCCCUUGCUCAGAUUCCACAAAAGGUUCUCUGGAGAUUUGAAGGCAAGAAACCAGACACCUUAGGACCCAACACUCGCCUCUAUAAGUGGAUCCCCCAGAAUGACGUACUUGGUCAUCCAAAAACCAAGGCUUUUAUCACUCAUGGUGGAGCCAAUGGUGUCUUCGAGGCAAUCUAUCAUGGCAUCCCUAUGGUGGGCAUUCCUUUAUUUUGGGAUCAACCUGACAAUAUCAUAUACAUGAAGGCCAAAGGAGCAGCUGUUAUGUUGGACUUCAAAACCAUGUCAAGUGCAGAUUUGCUCAGUGCACUGAAGACAGUCAUUAAUGACCCUUCCUACAAAGAGAAUGUCAUGACAUUAUCUAGAAUUCACCACGAUCAGCCCAUGAAGCCCCUGGACCGAGCUGUCUUCUGGAUCGAGCAUGUCAUGCGUCACAAAGGAGCCAAACACCUGCGGGUUGCAGCCCACGACCUCACCUGGUACCAGUACCACUCUCUGGAUGUGAUUGGAUUCCUGCUGGCCUGUGUGACAAUCAUAACCUUCCUUUUCAUAAAAAGUUGCCUUCUUAUUUAUCACAGUAUUGUUGCUAAAGGAAAGAAGAGCAAGAGAGAUUAG